AUUCCUAAUUUUCUUUUUUAAUUGAGGUGACGCGAACGUGUUCAUCAAACAUGUAAGUAUGACGUUGACUAGCAAAAUUGUCAGCCCAUUUGACUCGGAUGAUGGUAGUACUCUCAUUACGAAAUCUAAACAAAAGAAAACAUUGAAAAAAUCUUGUGGAGAUAGUAAUAUUAAGAAGAGGAAAGUCGUUCUGGAUUCAGAUAGCGAAUCGGAAGCUGAGUCUAUAAAAAAGAAAAGACUUAAGAGGUUUUCGUUUGCAUUUGAUUUAGCGGGAGAUAACGAGUUGCAAGAACCCAUUAGAGCGGCGGCGCUGAGAAGUUUUUUAUCGCGGCGUGCGGGUUCGGGCUACAUGUUGCAGAGGGCAGAUCCUGCAAAGACGGGCGACUACUAUGUAGAGCUGCGUGUGUACAACACGAAAGAAGCCGAAAAGCUUGGCUCCGAUCGGUGGAAGCGUUCGCUCGUCACUCUGAAGUCUGCUGUAGAAGACAACAGCCUUACUUGGAAAGCUGUGACAAAGUUAACAGUAGGGGCAAAGGAUGAGUACGCUGCUAUACAGCCAAUUUUAUACCCUGUUAAUGUUUUCUAACUUUGUUUAGGCACCUAUAAUAAAGUAAUUGCGCUGAUAAUAGCUUAAUAUUAAAUGUUAUUGACUUGUAGCACAUUAUUUUCCUAACUUAUGUCUUUUCCUUACAGCAAAGAAAAAAUAAGAAUUAAAAUCUGAAUCUAAAAAACAAAAAGCCAGAUAUUGAAAGUUUAAUUUUAAAAUACCUGAAUGAAGUAAUUAUUUUCAAAAAUUGCAUUUAUUUUUCCUUGCAGCAACGAAAAACUAAGAACUAAAAAUUUGAAUCUAAAACAAAAAGCCAGAUAUUGAAAGUUAGAUUUUUUGAAAUACCUCGAUAAAGUAAUUAUAAUUUAAAUUUGUGAAUCAUUUAUUAUAUUACUGUGCGAUAUACCAUAUUAUUUUCAAAACUGUGUCUCUCCUUACAGCAGCGAAAAAUAAAAAACUAAAAUCUGAAUCUAAAAGAACAAAAAGCUGAAUUGAAACUUGAAUUUUGAAAUACCAAGAAUCUAGACAAAGUAAUUAUUAGAAUUUAAAUCUAUAAGACAAAUAUAAAUAAAGAUUGAAAUACAUAUUUAUAUACAAGUUUUGAGCAGUAUUACACUAAACGUUAAUAAUAGAUAUAUGAUAGAAAAUGAAAUUCUGCCAGGACUGUAAUGCAUAUUCAUCAAAUCAUUCAUCACAUAAGAAGGGUAAUAUACAUAAAAUUAAUUGUUUACUUAGAACUGAGUUUGAUGAUGUUCAGUUAAUAGCUACUGCUUUCAAGAAUAGGAUUGCAAGUUAUAGAGUAAAUCCAGAUUCAAGUGACAUAAUUAUGCCAGAGUUAUUCUUAUCUAGUAUUUCUAGCACUGUUUGCAAUAUAAUUAAAACAUUACUAACCACGCACAAAUCAAUCAAGGUAAACUUUGAAUUAUUUGUGUUGUACAAGCUUCCAGAGAAUGAUGAAAUAUCAUUAAAAAGCUUCAGUACUAAAUAUACGCCUAUAUUACAAAGUAUUGAUUUAAAGUUUCUUUUUGAAGAAUACUCGAAGAAUUUAAUCAGCAAAUGCAUGGAGUUUGAAUUAUCUGAAUCUGGGUGGACAAUUGAGUCAAUUAACUAUUUAGAACUAAAUAUAGCUAAAUAUAAUCCGCUAAGAGCGGGUCAUUUUAUUUCAUUACCAAAAAGUAUUGUCAGAACAAAGUCAUGUCUUAAUAUUCAUAAUACAGACAGUCAGUGAUUCCUUUGGUGUAUCAUAGCACAAAUGUAUCCAGCGAAAUGUAAUCCAAAUCGAGUUACAUCUUAUCCACACUAUUCUAAAGUUUUAAAUGUGUUCGGUAUGUCUUUUCCACCGACGUUUAAAGAUAUAAAACGCUUUGAAAAACAGAAUACAAACAUAAGUGUCAAUAUAUAUGGAUUAGAAAAAAAUAAUACAGUAACAGGACCUUUGUACAAAACAUCACAAAGAAAGUUAAUGCAUGUGAACUUAUUGCUUUUGAAUAAACAAAACAAGACUCAUUUUGUUUUAAUCAAACAUUUUGAAAAUCUCGUACAUAAACAACUUACGAAACACAAAUGUAAAGUUCAUUUAUGUGAUGAAUGUUUUCUUUACUUUGAUUCUGAGACAAAGUUAGAGUCACAUGAUUGUGCUCGCAUGCAAACUAUCUUUCCAGAAACGAAUUCAAAGCUACGAUUUUCUAAUCCAGAAAUGUCUCAAAGAAUUCCAAUUGUUAUUUAUGGUGACUUUGAAAGUUUACUUAGAGAAUAUUUUGACAAAAAUAAAAGUCAACAUGUACAAAAUGUUCAGAUUCAUGAAGCUACUUGUUUUGCUUAUUAUAUAUGCUGUGAAUCCAAUCCCGAAUUGACUGACUUUGUCUCUUAUCGAGGGCCUAAUUGCUCAAAAAAAAUAGUAAAUUAAAUUUAUAAGGAUAUAGAAAGAUUAUAUAAAAUUUUUAAUAUUUCCAAAGACAUGAAUCCGCUUUAUAGUGAAGAGCAGAGCUCUUUUAAUAGUGCAGAAGUGUGUUAUAUUAGUAAAAAAAAUUUUGUUCUUCUGAUUACAAAGUAUAUGAUCAUGACCAUUUCACAGGUAAAUACAGAGGUCCAGCUCAUAAUUCAUGUAAUUUAAACAAAAGAAAAUGUAAUUUUAUUCCUAUUAUAUUUCAUAAUCUUUCUAGAUAUGAUUGCCAUAUAUUUAUAUAAGAACUUGCAAGUGUAUGCGGUCGUAUAAAUUUAAUUCCAAAAAACAAAGAGAAAUUUAUUUCUUUUACAAAGUAUUUUCCAAUCGAUAUGCAGAAGUCAGCGCAAUUAAAAUUUAUAGACUCCUUUAAUUUCCUGAGUUCAAGUUUAGAUCAUUUAGCACAAACUCUAAAUCUGAAGACUUAAAACAUUUGCGAACAUUCUUUCCAGAUGAAAAUUUAUUCCGAUUAUGUCUUAGGAAGGGUAUAUAUUGCUAUGACUAUGUAGAUUUUUGGGAAAAGUAUAAAGAAACUCAGUUACCAGAGCAAUCAAAAUUUUACAAUAAAUUUACAUCAGAAUCUAUAACAAGCGAAGAUUAUAAUCAUGCUUUAACUGUGUGGCAAAAUUUUGGUAUUAAAAACUUAGGUGAAUAUACCGAGUUAUAUCUGAAAUGCGAUGUCUUACUACUUUACGAUGUUUUUGAGAAAUUUAGAUCCAUAAGUUUAAAUUAUUAUGGUGUCAAUCCUUGUCAUUAUGUUUCAUCACCUUCACUAAGUUGGGAUGCUAUGCUAUUGUUGACAAGUAUUGAGUUGGAUUUAAUUACUGAUAUACAAAUUUAUCAAUUUUUAGAAAAUGGUAUAAGAGGAGGGCUAUCUCAAUGCUCGUUAAGGUAUGCAAAAGCUAAUAACAAAUACUUACCAAAUUUUAAUGAAGAAGAUCCAAAUUCUUUCUUAGUUUAUUUAGAUUGUGUAAAUUUGUAUGGUUAUGCUAUGAUGCAGUAACUACCUUAUAAAAAUUUUCGCUUUUUAAAACAUAAAGAAUUAAGAAGUUUUGAUAUUAACUCUAUUAGUUCUAAUAGUAAUAUAGGAUAUAUACACGAAGUUGACAUGCAAUAUUCACGCAAUAUUCAUGAUGAACAUUCUGACUUACCGUUUGCAGCAGAAAAGUUAACAGUUCCAAUAUCAUCAAACAUUAGUAAUAAGAAAUUGGUUGCGAAUCUCUAUGAUAAAUAUAAAUAUGUUAUCCAUUACCGUCAUUUACAAGAAUGCCUAAGAAACGGGCUUGUUUUAUUGAAGAUUCAUAGGAUUUUAGCUUUCAAUCAAAAAGCAUUUUUAGAGCCAUAUAUUUCCCUAAAUACAUCUUUAAGACAAAAUGCUACAUUUGAUUUUGAAAGAAACUUUUUAAAAAAACAAAAAAUUCAAUUUUCGGAAAAACAAUAGAGAACAAAAGAAAACAAGUCGAUGUUAAUAAUAAGUUUGUUACGUUAGUAUGAUUACAUAUUUACCUUUUGUAUAAUUACCAAUGUAUAUGGAGGGUAAAUGCAUGCAAAUCCAUGCAUGCAUCCAUGCGGCAUGCAUGCGGCGGGACUUGCGCAACUUCAAUACAGCUUUUAUUGAAGAAGCGAUCGAGCGGAACCAAGGCUCCAAAGUCUUUGUCAGAGAUCUGUUUGCCAGAAAGAGCCAACUGUCAAGGCUGAAGACAGAGUGUGGCAGUAUCGUUUCCGGGACACCUGACAUUUUGAGUGAGAUUGAGAGGUUCUAUGGGCAGCUGUACACGUCAUCGUUGGAGCCACACGCAAGUGUGAGUAACGAUCCAAGAGCGAGUCUUAUCCGACACUAUUCCGAAGAUAUCCCGGACGUCAGUCUGAGCGAGAUUAGAAUGGCUCUCCAGCACCUUAAAAACGGCAAGUCCCCGGGCGAGGAUGGAAUUACAGCGGAGCUUUUGAAAGCGGGUGGAAAACCGGUAUUUGAAGUCCUUCAGAAGUUCUUUAAUUCCGUUCUCCAUGGUGGCACUACUCCGGAGGCGUGGAGCAGAAGUGCGGUGGUCUUGUUUUUCGAGAAAGGCGACAACGCACUCUUGAAGAACUACAGACCGAUUUCCCUUCUGAGCCGCGUCUACGUGCUGUUUUCGAGAAUCAUUACGAAUCGUCUCGCACGCAGACUCAACGACUUCCAGCCUCCUGAACAAGCCGGUUUCCGAAAAGGCUAUAGUACAUACAUCAUGAUCACAUACAUACACUGCGGCAGAUUGUACAGAAGACAGAAGAGUAUAAUCAGCCACUUUGCCUUGCGUAUGUGGACUAUGAGAAAGCCUUUGAUUCCGUCGAAAUUUGGGCGGUGCUGCAGUCCCCUCAGUGGUGCCAAGUUGACUGUCGGUAUAUCGAAGUGCUGAAGUGUAUGUACAGUAGAGCUACGAUGGCUAUCCGAGUACAGAAUAAGAGUACGUAACCAAUCGAACUGCAGAGAGGUGUAGGACAGGGUGACGUUAUAUCACCGAAACUCUUCACCGCUGCAUUGGAAGAUGUUUUCAAGGUACUGGACUGAAAAGGAUACGGUAUUAACAUCAAUGCCGAGUACAUAACUCACCUUUGAUUUUCCGACGAUAUAGUCCUUAUGGCAGAAUCGCUGGAGGACCUAAGCACUAUGCUCAAUGACCUCAAUAGUGUCUCCCAACGGAUAGGUCUUAAGAUGAACAUGGACAAAACAAAGAUUAUGUUUAAUGUCCAUGUCACACCUAUGCCGGUAGUUGUUGGGAGCACUAAGCUCGAAGUUGUUGACGAGUAUGUUUACCUGGGACAAAUAGUCCGACUAGGUAAGUCCAACUUCGACCGAGAGGUCAAUCGACGGCUUCAACUCGGCUGGCAGCGUUCGGGAAACUACGACACAUCUCGUUAGACAUACCUCAAAACCUGAAAACGAAAUUGUACAACCAGUGCGUGUUGCCAGUGAUGACUUACGGAUCUGAGACGUGGUCCUUCACUGCUGGCCGAAUGAGGAAGCUCAAGGUCGCUCAGCGAGCUAUGGAGAGGGCUAUGCUCGGGAUGUCUCUGCGUGAUAAACUUAGAAAUGAGGAUAUCCGCAGUAGAACCAGAGUGACCGACAUAGCCCAACGAAUUAGUAAGCUGAAGUGGCAGUGGGCUGGCCAUAUAGCUCGAAGAACCAACAACCGAUGGGGAAGAAAGGUUCUCGAGUGGCAGCCUCGUGCCGGUAGGCGAAGUGUAGGGCGAGUCCCCACUAGAUGGAGUGAAGACCUGGUGAGACAUGCAGGAAGUCGAUGGAUGCAGGUGGCUCAGGACCGUGCUUUGUGGCAUUCCUUGGGGGAGGCCCAUGUUCAGCAGUGGACUUGUGAAGGGCUGUAAUGAUGAUGAUGAUGAUGAUGAUGAUGGAGGGUAAAGGUACCUUUACUUACCUUCUAUACAUUGUAUAAGUAUCUUUUGUCUGUAAUAAAUAAUAAAAUUGAGAUUUCCGUAUUACUUUUUGCUGGUUUUUUAUUUUAAUUUAAUAAGUGAGACGUUUAUAGGUUAACUUCUUACACGUCUAUCUAUAUAAAUAAAAUGAUAGAGGCUUGCAUUUGUGCGGGCAUCACGGAAAUACUACUGGAUAGAUUUUAAUUAGUAUUUCUAAGUUUUAUUUCUUAGACACUUGACCCUUACCUAAAAAAAUAUUGCGAUAUCUUUAUUUAAUAUAAAGUUAUUAAAGUUUUAAGAAAGUGAACGAAGUCGGAGGUAUCAGCUAGUUUUCCAAUGAAAAAAUGAUCUGCGUAAACUUGCUACUAAUGAGGCCAAUAAAGAAAACCUCGGAAAAUUAAAAUACCAUACAUUUCUACAUUCAUUUUAAAAGGCCGGCAACGCAUCUGCGAUUCCCCUGGUGUUGCAGUUGUUCAUGGGCGGCGGUAGUCACUUACCAUCAGGUGAGCCGCAUGCUUGUUUGCCCCCAGUCCUAU